AUGGCCAUGGAAGACGCAGUGCCAGGGGGGUGGCAGGCACGGGCCGCGGCGCUGGUUGAGGGGGGCCGGUGGCAGGAGGCGGAGGGCCUCUUCUUGAAGGCUUUGGAGUCCAUGGCCGCAGGCCAUCCGGACCGUUUGGUUUGCACCAGAGGUGUAGCAGAGGUGCUGCACAAGCGCGGGCAGCUGCAAGAGGCGGAGGUGCUGUACCGUCAGGCGCUGGAAGUCGACGGAGUGGAGCCGGGAGCCGCAGGGAGCAGGGAGCCUGCGCCCGAGAUCUUGCGCCUCUCCAGCGGCCUGGCCGACGUGCUUUUGGACUCGGGUCGGUUUAGGGAGGCCGAGGGUUUGCACAGCACGGUCCUGGAAGCCCGCCGUGCCGCUCUCGGGGAGGAGCACCCCGACACCCUGCAGAGCAGCUGUCGCCUUGCGGAAGCCUGGCGCCGGGCAGGCCGUCUGCGUGAGGCUGAGACUGUGUUUAGGGAGGCUCUGCGGCUUAGGAGGGACAAGCUCGGCGAAUCCCAUUUGGACACGCUCCGCGGCAUGUGCGACUUGGCCAACGUCUUGCAUGACCUCGGCGAGCUCGAAGAAGCACACCAGUUGCUUCAGAAAGCGCUGUCGGCGAGGCGGGAGAAGUUGGGCGAAGACCAUGUGGACACCGUGGCAGCCAUCAACCUCCUCGCCGCAGUGGAAGCUCGCAGAGGCCACCUGGAAGUGGCCGAGUCGCUCUUCCAGCAGUCAGUGAACUUCCGGCGCUUGAGGCUGGGAGAGGACCAUCCAGACACCAUCAGCAGCAUCAACAACUUGUCUGUCGUCAUGAGCGAUAGAGGCAAGCUCGAAGAGGCAGAGGAGCUGAGGCGGGAGGCCUUGCAGGCCAUGCGGGCAAAGCUCGGAGAGGACCAUCCGCACACCAUCAGCAGCAUCAACGGCCUGGGUUCAACCCUGCACGACAGAGGUAAGCUCGAAGAGGCAGAGGAGCUAUUUCGUGAGGCCUUGCAGGCCAGGCGGGCAAAGCUCGGAGAGGACCAUCCGCGCACCAUCAGCAGCAUCAACAACCUGGCUGUCGUCAUGAGGAAUAGAGGCAAGCUCGAAGAGGCAGAGGAGCUGUAUCACACCCUCAGCAGCAUCAACGGCCUGGGUUCAACCCUGCACGACAGAGGUAAGCUCGAAGAGGCAGAGGAGCUGCUUCGCGAGACCUUGCGGGCCAUGCGAGCAAAGCUUGGAGAGGACCAUCCAGACACAUUGUCCUGUGUCCACAACCUGGCCAAGUGUCUGCAAGAGCAAGGCAAGUGGCAAAAGGCCGAAGAUCUCCAUCGCCAAGCCUUGCAGGGCAUGCAGCUGAAACUCGGUAAAGACCAUCCAAGGACGUGGUUGUGUUUCAGCAAGCUUGCCGGAGUCUUGGCCCUUCGUGGCCGGCUUGGAGAGCGCUUCCGUGAUCCAAUGAACGCUAAGGACGCAGCAAAGUCUCUGGACGAAGCCCGGAGACAUUUUGACCAUGCCCUCGAAUCAAUGGCAGCAGGUUACGCCGACCAGGACCAUCCGCAUCUGCUGGACUGCCGUGUUGAUUUGGCAAAGUUUCUGGCAGAGCACAACCUGCUGGAGCAAGCAGAGGCACUUCUCUGCCGUGUGGCGGGCGGAAUGGAGAAGCAGUUUGGCCGUGCCCAUCCCAAGACCCGGAGGUGCAUUUCAGAUCUCACACUCAUCCUCCAUGAGCAGGGAAAGCAUAACGAAGCGGACCGCUGGGACGAACGUGGAGUUGCGGCUGAGGUGACAGAAGCAAAGACGGAAGAAGCAGACGAUAGCGCCCAAGUGGGUGCCGAGUCCAUGGAGAACCUGUUGCCUUUCCAGCUGGGGCCAGACAGCGUCGCCGACACACGCAGGUUGGAGGAGUGGUUCGAGACGGCUUUGGAUCUUCGGCCAGUCUGCCUGGCCAGCACGGACGAGCUCUCCAAGUCUGAUGCACAGACUAUCUCGAAGUCGGACGUGGCGUCGGAGGGCGACGUGAGCUGGGCUCUGCUGCAGGCUUUGGCGAUCUCCGGAGCUUCCGAGCUACGAAGCCUGUCCAGCACCAGCGACACUGGCAGCGCGGGAGGCCCAGGAAGCUCCGGAAGCUCUGGCCUUUAG